CCAGGAGAGCCUGGGCAGGUGUGGACGCGAGGGGAGUGGAGGGGAGGCCUCGCCUGGCCCACUUUCCUCCUGCCCCUCUACCAUGUGGCCCUUCCCGAGCCGCUCUCUCUUCCCACCCCCCACUCAGGCCUGGCUCCAGACGGUCUCCUCAGACCCUGAGGCCCAGGGCUGGGGGGCCUGGAACGAGACCAAGGAGAUUCUGGGGCCAGAGGGUGGGGAAGGGAAGGAGGAGAAAGAGGAGGAAGAGGAUGCAGAGGAAGAGCAGGAUGGGGAUGCAGGCUUUCUGCUGUCUCUGCUGGAGCAAGAGAACCUGGCUGAGUGCCCAUUGCCUGACCAGGAGCUGGAGGCCAUCAAGAUGAAGGUGUGUGCCAUGGAGCAGGCCGAGGGGACGCCACGGCCUCCAGGAGUGCAGCAACAGGCCGAGGAAGAGGAGGGCACCGCGGCCGGGCAGCUGCUGAGCCCUGAGACCACAGGCUGCCGCCUCCCUGGGACCCCCGAGGAGAAGGUGGAGGCUGACCACAGAUCCGUCUACGUGGGCAACUUAUGCCUACAUAGAGUUUGCCACCAAGGGCUCCGUGCAGGCCGCCGUGGAGCUGGACCAGAGCCUCUUCCGGGGCCGGGUCAUCAAGGUGCUGCCGAAAAGAACCAACUUCCCUGGGAUCAGCUCCACAGACCGCGGGGGCCUUCGAGGACACCCAGGCUCCAGGGGGGCACCCUUCCCCCACAGCAGCCUCCAGGGCAGGCCCCGGCUCAGACCACAAGGGCAGAACCGGGCCCGUGGAAAAUUCUCACCAUGGUUUUCACCGUAUUAAAGGGAAGACCCGAUUUUGAGAGAGGGGCUGGGGGCUGGAUCAGGAGUAAACCACUUGUGCUCCAUCCUGGGGCUGGGGCAGGGAGUGGGGCGGGGGCGAGACCAGAGGAGAGGGGUGUCCAGAGCAGCCACUGGCCCCCUCUUGGCCGGGGGAUGGCCCAGUAGGGCCUUGUAUGGUGGCCCAGACCCAAGGCCACAGCCACGAGUCACAGCCACGGCCCGGUGGUGGGCCUGGCAUGGGCCCCAUGGGGAUCUACGGGGCU